GCCGGAGCGCUUGAGGGAGCGUGGCGGGGUGCAGCAGUGUGGAACACAUUGAUGCCGAGUGACUCCGCGGGGCUUUGCGUCGGGCUACCAUCUUCGAUAGCGUGGACCGACCGGCGAACAUCGAAGAGCACCAGCAGUGGAUUCUCGGUCCCUCUCUGACCAGGGACUUGCAGAUUCCGCAGAUGUGUGCGCUGCCGAUCAACAGGAUGACUCUGCGUCGAAGUUGGUGCUGCUCAAAGGGUCCCCUGGCAGUAGGAAGAGAAAGGUUACAGGUGGCCGCAAAUAAGAAGCCUUCGGUAGCCCGGUGAAUGUGUUGGAUGCCUGCUGAGUUUAUUUGAAGAACAGGUUCAUUCGGUCACGCGUCCAACGAAGUGUAGAUUGCUUCCCCGGCAUACAGUUCGAGUGCGCCGUCUCUGUUUUGCUCAUGCGCAGCCUGUGGAUCAUCCGCCCUGUGCCUUAGCAGCAGCAAUGUCUCUUCCGAAUAUUUUUUGAUGGGUGGGCAUCGAUCAUAUCAGAGGCGAGAACUUUACGCAUUUCUCUUUCUCUGUUGGAUUGGAUUCGCUAUGGCAGAAUUAUGUGCACGUGGUGUCCAGGAUUAUACCGGCAGUCGAACUUCUGUGGACUAACAUUCUCAAAUUUCGGGUGUACCCACCCGAAAUUUGAGAUGAGAACCUCAGAGUGGAAGAGCCUCGGCACUGUCAUGUGCUUGACUUCUCAGUUAAUAGGCGCUGACGAGUCGAGCCUGGACUGUAAUUCGAAUUGUUAUCAUUGGGCAUGUGGACAUGAGCAGAGUUCGGAGACAUCUGAUUCCAUACAGAGGAAAUUUUGAAACUGGCCCCAAGAAGGUGAUUGUUUCCAGGAAAAGUAAGCAGCAGGCGACGACAAAGAAUGUAACAACUUAAAUAUCCCAGAGGUUGAUGAACGCCGCUGAAGAAGCCGUUGUCGAGUAUUACAGAGUAAGAAGCCGAAAUUCCGAUGGAGUGGCAAACAUAUUGGAACUCGUAAGCUAAGUCCACUUGGAACUCGUAAGCUAAGUCCACGGCACGUAUACAUGUUGGGUUUAAGGAAAUGGAAGAAGAAGGAAAUUUCCAUUUUCAGGCUGGAUCUUCUGGCUUCGUUAUUCAGAGCGAUUACUGAACAUUCGAAACUUGAUCGAACGUGCUGACACUAAGAUCAGAUUCAACCUGUCUAUUCUUUUGUUGAAUUCUGCGGCAAUUUCAUUCAAAGUUCAUCUCGUUUCAAAGUCUGCUGUUGUGAGCGAGGUUGAAGACCUCCCAGCAGUAAGGUAAGCAUGCAAUCGGACCAUAGAAAUACGUGAACUGACGCUGUAGUGGAGAGACGUUGGUGGAUUUAUGCAGAGGGGUACAUGUGGAUGGAGAUCUUAUGAACGACGAAAUCGAAGCGUUAAUUAGAUGCGUAGCCAGGUUCGACUUCAACCCUCUACGGAGGUACCACCAAAUGUAAGUUCGAAACCUUGAUCUCUUCACACGUAUCCCCCCGCUGUGCUCCCUGCUAUAUGAUACACUGCCAAAUGAACGUCGCUAUCUCCGUUCUGUAUCCUUCAGGCCUAAAAGAUUCUCUGUUCGUAUACUUACUGCAUUAUUGUCUGGACUGUAACUAUAUCUUAGUUUCUUGCUAAGAUUCGUCCGCCUAAACAACCACGCCUGUUGACUUACCCACCUGUACCGUACGCACUUUGUGAAAUCUCAACAAGUACAAUAGGCUUUCUUGAGAUAUGAAACUACACCUCAUAAUUUUCUCAACUCUUUGCAAGAACAACAAGUUUGCCGUUUAUGAAGAAAGCUAUCGUCGGACUUACUCUGGGCUUCAAAAUGUGUCUCACUAGUUUUAAAUUAUCAAACUAAGCUUACUUGAUAAUUUAUGACUAUAUCAUGAGAAGAAAAAAUUUAAAUUUUUUUCCCAUUUUGCUACCUAUAACUUCCUUCCAGCUCCUGAGUACAUAAAACGAUGCCUCUGGAUAUAUAAUUACAUCUCUCCUUGCUCUAACUCAAUUCUAAGCCGUCUGGUGCAACUGUACUUAUAUGGUUGCAACAACGUUUGGUUGAGUGGUUGUGGUACAAAAAUAAGCUGGCAGAAAGUGUUAUGACGACUGAACCUUCGUUCAUCGUUCUUAUUACUGACUAUAUCAUGAGUCCAUCUAUUCAAUCGUCUGCUGUGGUAUAUCCAGCCUUUUCAUGUAGCGAUGUACACCAUGAACACUCAAUUGCCAAGCAAGUUGCCACUUGGAAGUAUGUGUUUUCUUUCUAGCUCAAACAUCUAGUUAUGGCAUUUCCGAUCUUAUCAAACUUGUAUUCUUUGUCUUUCAUUUUUUUUUUUAGAAAUGUGAGUGUGGUCUGGUUCUCAUAGACCAUAAUGUUAUCACACUCGAUCUCCUCCUGUGUUCAAAUUGAACUGAUUUUAACCAUCGUUCAUUGUCCUCGCUUUCACAAUCCUUCCUCAAAGUUUGAAGUGUCCAUUAAACCUGUAGAAGCAACUCACAAUUUCUAACCUAUCUUUUAUAUGCAUCUCUUCCAUUUCUUGUUGUCUCCAGAAACUUUGCCUUAUUUCCAAACUGAAAUGCUUCAUUAAUUCCUACAUGUAGGUUAGGAGAAAAGUGUAACCUGCUUUGCUACUCGAUAAUUGAUUUCAUAGUUCACUUAUACCCGUAUGAGAUCAAGUUCAUUCAUUUCACUAAAUGACCGAUGAUAUAUUCGUCAUUGCUGUUCUUUUUUGAGUUUCCAAUUGGGCUAUGAAAUCUCGGUUACACGGUAAUGCUUCGGUCGAUCUGCUCGGCGGCUCCUAUAUUCGGAUUAAUUUAGGAUAAGUAUUUUUUGUGGAUUAGAUUAUUCACCGUAGAUAGAGUCAAGUGGUUCAUUCAGGUGGAAUGGGUUGAGAAAUUUAAUUUAGGAUGUAGUUUAGCCAUAGCUGAGUUAUCAGAGUUUCCCUGACACUCGCGUAAUAAAGAAAUUUUUGUUGCCUUCAUAUUUCAACUGC